AUGACUUCCAUGAUGGACAGAAUGCACGGGACUGGGAUGAACGUUGGACAAGCAACGGCAGGGGCGGGGGGGAGCAUCGCGGCGGGCGACGGCGGCAUUGGCGAGCACAGCAGCAGCAGCAGCAGCGGUGUCAAGGCGGAGCCCGCCCUGGGCGCGGCGGCGCUGGAGAAGGUGAUGGCUGCCGCUAAGGUUGCCCAAGAGGAGCAGCAGCGGUGCGCGGAGGACCAGAGGGCGGUGUGCGAUCUCUGCAAUGUCCGCAGGGCCGACCUGCGGGGCCCUUGCGGGCACAAGUACCACGCACGCUGCAUCUACUCGAUGCCAAUCGUCCGGUGCCCGGUCUGCGACAUGGACUUCGGAAACGACGACGGGUUGUUCAUCCUUCCGGUGGAACCCUACUCCGCCACUAACCUCUUCGAGGAAGACGAGCGCAAGGGUCGUGACGCAGAGCACCAAUCGAGGACCGGGAGGUGGCACUCGUACGAGACCAUGUACGCGCAGCGGAUCGUGGCGGACUUCGACGCGGGCACCAUGCCCCUCAGCGAAGGGACCAAGCUCGGGAACUUCCUUUGCAACAUCCUCAACUGCUCGCCAUCGCGGCUUUCUAAGAAGCUCAAGAUCGGGAAGAAGUACUUCCAACGGUGCCCGGGUAGACCAAUGGGCGAGGAGCACAUCGCCAAGCACCGGGAGGCGCAGAAGCGGCUCAGCGACCUCGAAGAGAUGUUCCUGAUGGCGGAGAGCCAGACCAACCGCGGCGUGGCCAACACCCAGAUCCUUAGCGAGUGCAUCCAGAAGGAGUGGAGGGAGCGUUUCAUCGGGCACGCGCACACGGUCAACCAGAAGCUUAAGAACGCCUGGGACUGGAACUCCAGCCGCAGGAAGGCGGAGCUGUCCUCGGAUGCCCUCAGCAAGGGGCAAGCGGCAGGCGGGGUCCAGGGGCAGGGGACACACAACGUAUCGCUAGUUCAGGCCAUGGGCAAUGUGAUCCAGUCUUGGCAGCAAGGUCAGGGCCAGCACGGCAUGCAGCGCUUCCCCUCCGCAAACGGCGACCAACAGCAGCAGGCGGGGGGCGCGUCAGGGCUUUCCUCCUCCUCGGGCGCAGCAGGCGCGGGGUCGUCAUCCUCGUUUGGCGGGGGGGGCGCCGGAGCUUCUUCGUCUUCCUCCCAGCAGCAGCAGCAGGCGUUCCUGUCUGCGAUGACCCAGCAGCGGGGUGGCGCCGGCGCGGGCUUCAGCUGGCUCGAGCAGCAAACCGGUCAAGGAUGUCAACAGCGGCACGGGCAGGGGGCACCGCAGAUACAAGGGUCCCACGAGGGCAUGGACGACAUGGAAGGGUUCGGGGAGGAGCUUUGGUCUUCGCUCGAGAAUAAUCUGGCCUCCAUGGGAUACCAAAACAGCGUCGCCAUUGAGGAUAUGGACCCAGAUUUAAAUAACCACGGCAACGGACAGUGGACCGGCGCGCUAGCACAGGGCCAAGGGCCGCUUGGAGAGAACACCACGGCGGGCACGUCCUCUACACUCGACGAACCACAGCUCUUCAUCGGCGGCAACGGCAGCAGCAACUCCAACACCGCCGGGGGGCCGGGAGUUGCUACCCUCCGCGACGCGGGCCGUGGAAACCCCGGGAGGCCUGCGUGGCAGCCAAGCACCGGCGGCAACAUGGGCGGCGGCGGCAACGGCAACGGCAACGGCAACGGCAACGGCAACGCGGGGGGCAACGGUGCUGGCGGCGGAGGGGGCGGGGGCGGGGGCGGGGGUGGUGGGCCGGGCCCCGGGGGGUCUGGCGGUGGGGGCGGGGGAGGGGGAGGGGGCGGGGGCGGGAAUGAUGGGGGGGGUGGGGACGGCGAUGAUGAUGAUAGCAGCCACCGCUUCGAGGACUUCAUCGGGAAUUUCCUCGAUCAGAUCCCCUUCGAAGCCGUCGACGUUUGGGUGCCGCUGUGCAACCAAGACCAGGAGGGAAGCGAGGUCGUUCUAUUCCACGCCGGGUACUUCACCAAUGUGAAGGAGCUUGAGGAGUGGGGGGACUACUCGACGAAUUUCUCGUUCCGACAAGGGCAAGGCCUGCCUGGGCGCGUGUACGCCAACAACAAGAGCGAAUGGCAGGAAAACGUGGUCAACCUGAACCAUGCCCACUUCCUCCGCCUCAACGGGGCAAUGAACAUCGGCAUCCGGACGAGCUUCGGGGUCCCCGUGGUUAGCCGCUGGGGGGUCACCUUCGUCAUCGUCUUCUACAGCCGUGUCGCCGUUCAGAUGGACGCGGACAUGAAGGCCUUCAUCGAGCGGACGGUCAGCGCCUGGAAGUUUGAUGCCACGGUCGACACGGACGUCUGUCAGGGGGAUGCGGCUCCCGCAACUGCCAAGCCCCCGGGCCCCGCGGGCAUCCGACCCUAA